AGCAAUGCUCGAUUCGUGAACUUGCCGCCGCUCCUCCACAACAGGUAUAGUAGUGGGCUGGGUCCAAGUCACCUGGUGACUAUAAUUUUUUUUCCUUCCUCCUGGAUCUACUCCGUAUUUCAUUUUCUUUUUGCUCACGAUGGGCCAAAAAUUUUCAGGUCGUUGCAAAAAUACUUGGCUCCAUCGCAAACUACUACCUCGAACCAGGCUAGGUGCCGCUGCUAAGUCGAUGUACGGCAGGGCUACCGAAUUUUGCUGCUCCAUAGUGGGCCUCGUAGUGGACGGCAUUCAAGUUUUUUUUCUGGGUCGUUGUAUUGUGUUUGAUUCAUCUACUCGAAAUUACUGCCACAUACGGCUGAGCGUUUGGUAUUUGCUCGGUGCCAUUACAUAAAGACUGAUGCUUGUUUGCCCCUAUGAGGAAGCAACCUGGAGUAAAUCUGGAGUUAUUCCUUUAUUUCAGCUGUUUGUGC